CGCACUACCAAGGCAGGUGAAGGCCCUCACGCCGCCUCUCCAGCCUGGCAGGUCAGCAGCGUCCGGGAGACGCUCCGGGGAAGGGCGCAGUCACGUUACGUUGACGCGGGCGUGGCCCCGCCCCGAGUCUUGGCGGGAUUUCCGAAGGCUGGAGCGGCCCUGUUGCCGAGCCUUCAGGCCCAGCCUGUGGGGAACCGACACCCGGACUGAAGGUUGAAUAUUCCGAGUGAUGGCUAUGCAGAUGCAGCUUGAAGCAAGUGCAGAUACGUCUGUGGAGGAAGAGAGCUUUGGACCACAACCGGUUUCAAGAUUAGAACAAUGUGGCAUCAAUGCAAAUGAUGUGAAGAAAUUGGAAGAAGCUGGAUUCCAUACUGUGGAAGCUGUUGCUUAUGCACCUAAAAAGGAGCUAAUAAAUAUUAAGGGAAUUAGUGAAGCCAAAGCUGAUAAAAUUCUGACUGAGGCAGCUAAAUUAGUCCCUAUGGGUUUCACCACUGCAACUGAGUUCCACCAAAGGCGAUCAGAGAUCAUACAGAUUACAACUGGCUCCAAAGAGCUUGACAAACUACUUCAAGGAGGAAUUGAGACUGGAUCUAUUACAGAGAUGUUUGGAGAAUUCCGAACAGGGAAAACCCAAAUCUGUCACACAUUGGCUGUAACAUGCCAGCUUCCCAUUGACCGAGGUGGAGGUGAAGGAAAAGCCAUGUACAUUGAUACUGAGGGGACCUUUAGACCAGAACGACUACUAGCAGUGGCUGAAAGAUAUGGCCUCUCUGGCAGUGACGUCCUGGAUAAUGUAGCAUAUGCUCGAGGGUUCAACACAGACCACCAGACACAGCUCCUUUAUCAAGCAUCAGCCAUGAUGGUAGAGUCUAGGUACGCACUGCUCAUCGUAGAUAGUGCCACUGCCCUCUACAGAACAGACUAUUCUGGUCGUGGUGAGCUCUCAGCCCGACAGAUGCACUUGGCCAGAUUUCUACGGAUGCUUCUGCGACUUGCUGAUGAGUUUGGUGUAGCAGUGGUCAUCACCAACCAGGUGGUAGCACAGGUGGAUGGAGCAGCUAUGUUUGCUGCAGACCCUAAAAAACCUAUUGGAGGAAAUAUCAUUGCUCAUGCCUCAACAACCAGAUUGUACCUGAGGAAAGGAAGAGGGGAAACCAGAAUCUGCAAAAUCUAUGAUUCUCCCUGUCUUCCUGAAGCUGAAGCUAUGUUUGCCAUUAAUGCGGAUGGAGUCGGAGAUGCCAAAGACUAAAUGAGCCUGCCUUUGCCUGUGUCCUAGUGGAAAGACCUGCACCCUGGAGGGUUCUUCCAGGAAAUCAGCUGUUUUAUCAGUUUUUCUAAUAGUAUGCACAGGUCAGUAGUCACAAACUGACCUAAAGAGUUUACUAUUUGUACAGUGUAUUUAUCUCUGUGUAUUGGUAUUGGGAGGGGAGGCAUAGAAAACCUUUCAAAUCAAAGCUUUGCCGUUGACUCAAGGCUAGUAGCUAUCUGUCUUUUGUCUCUAAGAGACAAACUUAAAACUGGAGACCUGACUCUUCUGAUUGGAUAAUGUUGAAAAUAAGGCCUGAGCUAUGUAGCAAAAGGAAUUGUCAUUCUUUUUGCUGCCAGCAGAACUAGCCCUGUCAGGAGCAGAUUUUUAAGUUUGAAUGCCUGGACUGUUUCAUAUAAAAAAAAGUUUAGUUAAGGGGCACCAAGCAGGUAUUUCUGGGUCCCCAUCUUCAUCUGUUUGCUUGGUUCUUGAAUUUCAAUCAUCUCAGCUGUUCUCAAUUAGAUUCAGUGUGAGAUUGCUAAUUAGUCAUCUGUAGUGAAUAUGCUAUCUACAGGAGUAAUUCUGGUCCAAGCUGAAUAUUUCAGUGUAGGAACUUUUUUUUUUUUGCGUUAAUUUUUAAAAGAGGAAGUCCUGCAUUUAUUAGUUGGUUCACUUUAUUGUUAACUCGAUUAAGAAAAUGUCCCAUAAAGUCUCAUAUCAGAGGUCCAGUGCUUGCCCUGUAAUUCUACACUAUGUAUUCAAGAUCCUCCUUUUCUCCCCCAGCCGUCCGUUAACAGCUUUCACAUACUUAAAAGGGCCUUAGCUAGUAUAGGGAGGAGAGGCAGUUUCCACCUCUGCUCUGGCUCCUUUGUAUAUAGAGAGACAGGAAGACACUCAGUUAAAUGCAGGGUUUUUGGGUUUUUGUUUGUUUUUUCUUUGCUGUUGUAUUACAACAUCCUAUUCCUUAACUUGAUGGAGAAUGAAGGACACCUCAGAUGUUCUUUUGUUUCUCCACCCGUCAGACAAACCUGGCAUGGUGUGAUAAAACCACAGAUUCUGGAGUGGAAGCUUGGUUCUUCCAAAAAAGCAUAUAUUUUGUUGUAUAAAGUAUAUAAAUGAUUUUGAUUUAAAUGUGGCUCAGGUUUUUAUUUUCAAAUGCUAUUAGGUAUGGUGAUUUGGGGCUUCAAGAGGGAAGCAUAGGGAAUAUCUGCCCAAGUACUCGGCUUUUUUCAAUUAAACUGCCUUGUGUUUUACAAGCAGUUAAGAUUCUACCAAGUAGUGUCAACCAGCUUAUUGUAAACUCUUCAGUGCUGUUUUCCUAUUUGUCUCUGAUAGCUUGUCCUAGGAAAUAAAGACAUAUCAUGUCCCUGA